AUGUAUACGUUGUUCCGCGGACUUUGCAAAUAUGUAUCGAAAAAAGAUGAAUAUUCGGUCCUCAUUCUUGGUCUUGAUGAUGCUGGAAAAACGGUAAAUCAUUUUCUUCCAUAUAAUUUGAAGACUUAUCUCGAACAAACUAAAACAAAGUUCAACAAAGACUAUAAAUCAAUGCCCCUGAACAAAAUAACCUCUACAGUGGGCCUUAACAUCGGUCAGAUAUUCGUUGAAGGGAUCGUGAUAAAAUUUUGGGACCUCGGUGGUCAGACUGAAUUACAGUCUCUCUGGGAUAAGUAUUACCUAGAAUCGCACGGAAUAAUCUUUGUUGUUGACUCUUCCGAACCCGACAGAUUUGACGAAGCGAAAGCUGCUUUUGACGCUAUGAUCAAAAAUAAAGCACUCGAAGGCUUGCCUCUUCUUAUACUUGCCAACAAGCAAGAUCUAGAUGGUGCAUUCCCCGUCUCCGAGGUAAAACAGGUCUUUCAAGAAAGUGCUCAUUUAAUUGGCCAACGAGACUGUUCCAUGCGAGGAGCGUCAGCCCUUUUGGGGUAA